GCUCUUAUUUCGGCGCCAGUCUGCCUGGGCGGGCAGUCGCCGGCCGGCCCAGUCAUCGCACGUGGCGCACUCCAGUACGUGUCACACGGCUGCCCUGGCUACAACCUCCGAUCCCGACAAUUCCUCGCCUGUUCGGCUCUCCCCACGUACUCGGCCACAUUAUGAACUGAAUCCUGCAGGCUUCGCGAGGCGUGGGUGGUGUGUUGGAACAGCCGGGCACAAUGGAGCGGUUCUGCCUCGUAAUUAUCACUUUGUGCCUGUUGGUGGCUCCAGACGCUUCGGCGUCUGUGCUGAAGGACUACCGCUCGCUCUCGAAGAAUUUCACGUCGUUGCUGGACACGUUGUUGGACAAGAGCAAGUACGAUAGAAGGAUUCGCCCUGACUACGGAGGCGCUCCUCUGAUCGUCACUGUGAAUAUGGUCAUAAAAAGCAUGGGAGAAGUGUCUGAGGCGGGAGAGCACUACACGAUGGACUGCUACUUCCGCCAGGUGUGGCGCGACCGCCGGCUCACGUUCACUCUACCCGGCCUGGAGGAGUUCUCGCUGCCCUGGCUGUUCCUGGACCGUGUCUGGAAGCCCGACACCUUCUUCAUGAACGGCAAGCGCUCGCACCUGCACAGAAUCACCGUCCCCAACAAGUUCUUGCGCCUGCGUGAGGACGGCGUCCUCACCUAUUCCAUGAGAUUAACAAUCAAAGCAAGCUGCCCGAUGCACUUCAGAAAAUUCCCAUUGGACGCGCAGAAGUGCCCUCUGCUCAUAGGAAGCUACGGCUACGGCGAGAGCGACAUGGUGUACCGCUGGCCGGACACGGCGCGCGUCGUCACCGGGGACGUGGAGCUGGCCCAGUACGACCUCACCAACAUCUCCACACAGCACGGGCUGCGCGUCAUGCUGGGACAAGUGAGACACUCGAUGAUAAAGGCGGUGUUCCACAUGAAGAGGCACACGGGCUACUUCAUCCUGCAAGUGUACGUCCCCUGCGGCCUCAUCGUCUCCUGCUCCUGGGUCAGCUUCUGGAUAGACCCGUCCGCCGUCCCAGCACGCAUACAGCUAGGCGUGACGUCAGUGCUGUCGCUGACGACGAUGGGCAUGGGAGCGCGCGCCCAGAUGCCGCCCGUGUCGUACGCGACGGCGUUGGACUGGUACAUCAUCCUCUGCUUUCUCACCGUCUUCUCCGUGGUCGGCGAGUUUGCGCUGAUACACUACCGCGAGAGGGUAGCCACCAGCAUCCGGAAGGCGCUGCAGGAGCGUGCCGAUAAGGAGGAAGACAAACUUCUCGACAAGAUCGCGCCAACAGUCGCGGCCGCACCGCAGAUCCAGGUGGAGACGCCGGAAGGGACCGAGCCGCCCCAAGUGCUGGUGAAGGGGAGGCCGGCGCAAGCACCAGAUGUGGAUUUCAAAGUAGCUACGGCAGAAUCGAAGCCAAGACUGGGUGCUGAGUCGGUACUGGAUGAACUGCCCGAGGUACCCUCGGCAGCCCCUGCCGAAGACACGGCGCUGGUGACACACAUCACAGAGCAGGUGCAACUCUGGCGACCUGCGGGGCGGAACUCGCGGCCUCCUGGUGACAUUGUUGAGGGCAAGCUGUGCAUACAGGUGGCACCCACCUCCAAGAAGGAUGCAGAUGCCCUCGGCAGUGCUCAAGCACCGACUACGCAGGAUGAAGCAAUUUUUAAAGACGCCACUACGUCCCUUAGUACAGCACCUUCAGAGCGGAGAAAUUUUGAUAGCAAAGAUUUCCUCGAGAACAAACACCACUAUGACACCGUAGAUGAGCCUCUAGAUGCUCGGCCAGCGACGUCUGCUGGCGUAGGACGUCCGUACGCUGCAGUGCGGAAGCUGGGCUGUACGAUAGCACCGUACGGGAGUGUGGCGGGUACCGCUGGGCCAAAGCUAGACUUUGCUGAGAGACCAGCAAGUGUUGCCUCCUCGGGGACCGAAGAAGGGGUUCCGUCAUACUCGCCAAAGCUUCUUCCCUUCGGGCCAAAUGUCAAGACAGAAAGGGCAGCGUCCGAACGUCCUACGGAGAAUGCAAAAAGCAAGCCGACAAUGUUACCCAUCUGGAAACCAACUUACUUGGAGUCUAAAUCUGAGAAGCAGCCUACAGUAUCGGGUUCCACUGCAGACAUGGGUAAAGCAACCCCCGCACCUAUAGCAGCUUCAAAGCCUCCUCCUUGGAAAUCUGAGAGACCUCCGAUAGCCUCUAGUAUAAUUACAGAUACACGGAAAACUGCGUCGCCUGUCACAAAGCCUCUAUUGGAACCCAAGAUUAAAACACUUGUCCCAAGUGCAGUACUUCCGACGGAUUCCUCAAAGAUUGCAGAGAGGGUGGACGCUGGCGAUGACGUGCUUCAGCAGGAAGUUGGAGGAUCCGCCUCUAGUCCGGCAGGUUCGAUGGCCAAACCCUACAACGAGAAGUUAACGCAGAGUGUCCGGGAGGCCAUCGCGGGAGGACGAGAGGAGGACACGGACGUGGAGGCUGGCCUGGUGGAGGAGGAGUGUCCAGUUAGCGACGGGCUGCGGCACCGACGGCGGCGCGAGGUGCUGCUGACGGGGGACGACGACGACGAGCUGGAGUGGCAGGACGAGCUGGAGGCCCUGGCCUGGGGGCAGGGCGGGUGGCUGGCCGAGGUGGGCGGCCGCCUCUGCGACCUCUGCGAGCGGCUCGUCGACGCCGUCGUCUGCGGCGCCAAGCGCUGCCGCCUGCUGCCCAACGAGCAGGACGUGGCGCGCGAGAUGCGACAGGGCAAGGAGAAGUUCUCGCGCAUCGACACCGCCGCCCGCACGGUCUGCCCUUUCUCCUUCCUCUUUCUGGUCUUCCUCUACUACACCCUCUACACCUACUACAUCACGGACGAGUUCCCCGUUAAGACGCACCGCAUCUCUGCAAGCAUCCCGAGCAGCUGAGCACGAGCAUAGCCGCUGUUAUAUCUUCGAGCUACCGACCGAGUAGAAGAUUUCACUUUAGCGCACAAUAUUUCGACGACUGAAAUAGUCAUCUAGGAGCAAUAAGCAGUGCUCUUACGUGUGCUCUCAGCAUGGGCCCCAAUAAGACUUCGAGAUUAUAACCCUGUUCGUUCUAUUCCACCUGACCGUCAUGACAUCAAAUUGUGAUUUUACCUAAGGAUAAGGCUUUAUCGUUACUAUAGCCAAGCAUAAAGAUCGAGAGCAGAAGCCGAGCAUAAUCAACAAGUAAUGUGCUUUUACUAAAUUCAAGUCGGCCAUUCCGAAUGCGCACGUAUGAUAAUUUCAAGUAUAGAAAAUGGAGAAAAUGACAACAAUCGAUCGCGAAAUCCGUUACUCUGUUACAACAGAUCUAGGUUUCAACUUUUACGUGGUCCUAUUGAGGAGGAAAAAUUACAAAACACGAGAAUUAGGAGCAAACCUUAACUGCAAUCACAAGCACAACACUGUUACACAGCAUAUAUCAAUAGGUAACAUUAGUCCAUGCUGUAACGUAUUAGCUGGCCGGGGUGGGCGACCGAUUCUAGGCGCUACUGUCCGGAACCGCGCGACAGCUACGGCCGCAGGUUCGAAUCCUGCCUCGGGCAUGGACGUGUGUAGUGUCCUUAGGUUAGCUAGGUUUAAGUAGUUCUAACUUCUAGGGGACUGAUGACCUCAGAAAUUAAGUCCCACAGUGCUCAGAGCCAUUUGCACCAUUUUUUGUCACGUAGUAAACAGUAUAGGUUGAUGAAGAAUAUACAGGAGUCCAACAUGACCUGAAGCCGUUGUUUACAAGAUUUGACAGGAAGAAAAUGUGACGUCAGACAUGUACGGUGCUCUCUAUUGAAAUUCUGUGAAUAAUUCAAUAAUAGUGAAGUUAUCUAAUUUAUGAAUUGAACAAUAAAAAUCACAAGUAGAAUAUAACGACAGCCUCACUUAGUCCCAGUUUGUUUGAACAUAGUUUAUUUCUCAUACCCCUGAUACAUUUCUUUAUUUUACUUAUUUCUUAAUUUCUGUAUUCGCCACUAGGUAGCUUCAUAUCUUCGCAUACUGCAAUGCUGUUUUGUUUCACGUGUUUAUUCUUUAAGCUCAGAGCUGGCGCUAAUGUAUUUUUACGAUCUGUAUUAUUUUAAUUUAUGUCUAGGGAGGCUACAGUAUAUUUUAUUGCACUAUUUUCAUUCCUUUAUAUUUUAAUUAUUACGAUACAUUAUUUUAAUAUUGUAUGUUUCGCUAUUGAAUGGAAAUUUAAAUGGAUCUUCUUCCAUUACUUUGUAGUCCAAAAAUACAUUAAGUACUCUCCUGUGCUUACUGCUACUGAGCCUGCUAUACAUAUGGCUCCACACACGUGAUUUAGUUUCUAUGGUUUAACCAUUAAAUCUGGGUUUUGACGGUCAGAACAUUUUUAAAAUUUUAAAAAAUGGAACUUCACUAUUAUUUAAUUAUUCACAAAGGAGGGCACCUCAAAUCUCUAACGUCACACUUUCUUCUUGUUUAACUACGUAAGCAACGGCUUGAGUUCAUGUUAGGCUGCCGUAUGUUCCCCAAUAUGCAAUAUUGUUUACUGCGUGAUACUUUGGACUUUGUUACAUUGUAUGUAACUGUAUAGUGCUUAUCUUUACACAUACAAUUCGUUGUUAAUUACCUUAUAUUUGUUCCUGAUUCUCCUAUUUUGUAAUUUUUAACACCGAAUACCUAUAUCUGCUGUAAUAAUGCAACGGAUUCCGCAAUAGAUUGCUGUCCUUUUCUCCAGUGUCUGUAUUCAACGAUCGCUACGCAGUCUAACCUUAAGUAUUCUGCAGUUAAAUAUUGCAAUUUGCUAUAACUGUAGCUAACUCUGACAUGUGUGGUUUGCACUGACAAACGAUGGAACUCAGCUGCUAGCAAGUAAGUUCAUAGUAACAAAAUAUUACAUUAUCAAUUUGGAAAAAAGUGCAUAAUUUUGUAUUUUUAAUGUUCUUAUUAAACUGAACAUCCAAAUCAA